GUCGCCAUCUUAGUUAUUCUGGCGCGGUGGUCUCCGUAGUCGCUGCCGUCAGCGCCGCCGGGGGAAGGAGAAGAAGAAGCAGAAAAAAAAAAAAAAGGCGCAAGCAGCGGCCUUGGCAAGCCAGGUUGCGCGGGCCGAGCUGCAACGGGCCGAGCUGCGAGAGCGGAGUUUUUCUCGCUGCCCCGGCCGGGUUGUUGGGGGCGACCAGCUGCCCCUUCCCUGCGGCCGGCCCCGCUUGCGGAGCGGAGUGUCGCGUCAACUGUCGUUGCUGGCCCCGCCCCCUUUCUUGGCUGGGGCCCGGGGCCCUCGCGGCCACCUCGGCCAUUGCUGCUGCUGCUGCUCGGGGAGGCGGGGCUGGGGCCGCUCUGGAUGGUGGUUAAAAUGAUCAUAGAAAACUUCGAGGCGCUGAAAUCCUGGCUCAGCAAAACCUUGGAGCCCAUAUGUGAUGCAGAUCCAUCAGCCCUUGCUAAGUAUGUUCUUGCCUUGGUGAAAAAAGAUAAAAGUGAGAAAGAACUUAAAGCACUAUGUGUGGAUCAACUGGAUGUAUUUCUUCAGAAGGAGACACAGAUAUUUGUAGAAAAAUUAUUUGAUGCCGUAAAUAGCAAGAGCUAUCUACCUCCCCCCGAGCUGCCGUCUUCAGGAAGCCUGAAAUCAGACUUCUUUCAGCAUCAAGAAAAAGAAGCAAAAAAAGAAGAGGUAAUUAAGGAAGAAGAACGAGAGAAAAAAUUCUCUAGAAGGCUUAAUCAUAGUCCUCCUCAGUCAAGUUCACGAUACCGAGACACCAGAAGCAGGGAUGAAAGGAAGAAAGACGAGCGUUCUCGCAAGAGAGAUUAUGAUCGGAAUCCUCCACGAAGAGAGUCCUAUAGAGACCGCUACAAUAGAAGAAGGGGAAGGAGCCGAAGCUACAGUAGGAGCCGUAGUCGAAGCUGGAGUAAAGAAAGGUUGCGGGACAGAGAUAGAGAUAGAAGUAGGAGUCGCACUAGAAGUAGAACAAGAAGCAGAGAAAGAGAUCUGGUGAAGCCAAAGUAUGACAUGGACAGAACAGAACCAUUAGAGAAUAAUUACACACCGGUUUCUUCUGUAACAAACAUUUCAUCCGCUCACUAUCCUGUCCCUACGCUAAGUAGCACUAUAACUGUCAUUGCUCCUGCUCAUCAUGGAAAUAGUACUACUGAAAGUUGGUCAGAAUUUCAUGAAGAACAGUUGGACCACAAUUCCUAUGGAAGGCCUCCAAUGCCAAAGAAACGGUGCAGAGACUAUGAUGAGAAAGGCUUUUGUAUGAGAGGAGAUAUGUGUCCCUUUGAUCAUGGAAGUGACCCUGUAGUUGUAGAAGAUGUGAACCUUCCAGGCAUACUGCCUUUUCCAGCGCAGCCUCCAGUUGUUGAAGGACCACCUCCUCCAGGACUUCCACCUCCACCACCUAUUCUUACUCCUCCUCCUGUAAAUCUUAGACCGCCUGUCCCACCUCCAGGCCCUUUACCACCUAGUCUUCCACCUGUUACAGGACCACCACCUCCACUACCACCUUUGCAGCCCUCUGGAAUGGAUGCCCCCCCAAAUUCUGCUACCAGCUCUGUUCCUACAGUUGUAACAACGGGUAUUCAUCACCAACCACCACCUGUCCCACCCCCUCUCUUCCCAGAAACAUACGACACAGAUGGUUACAAUCCUGAAGCACCAAGUAUAACCAGCACUUCAAGACCCAUGUAUAGACACAGAGUCCAUGCCCAAAGACCAAAUUUGAUAGGACUUACCUCAGGUGAUAUGGACCUGCCACCAAGAGAAAAACCUCCCAAUAAAAACAGUAUGAGGAUUGUAGUGGAUUCAGAAUCCCGGAAGAGAACUAUUGGUGCAGGUGAUGGACUUGCAGCAAAGAAGAAUUGGUUUGACAAACAAAAUUUUAAUAGAACAAACAGUCCGGCUUUCCAGAAGAAGAUGCAAUUUGGGAAUGAAAACACAAAACUUGAACUGAGGAGAGUUCCUCCAGAACUUAAUAAUAUUAGCAAACUAAAUGAACACUUCAGCAAAUUUGGAAAUUUAGUGAAUUUGCAGGUUGCCUACCAAGGAGAUCCAGAAGGUGCCCUCAUCCAGUUUGCUACCCACGAGGAGGCUAAAAAAGCCAUAUCGAGUACAGAAGCAGUCUUAAAUAACCGAUUUAUCAAAGUCUAUUGGCAUAGAGAAGGCAGUACUCCCCCAAUUACAACUUCAGUGCAGAAGGUAAUACAGCCUUUAACCCAGCAGCCCGUUUUGCCAGCUGUGAAGCAGUCAGUCAAGGAACGAUUAGGUCCAGUUCCUACCAGUAACAUUGAACCUGCUGAAGCCCAGGGUGCCAGCACAGAAGCCGUUCAGGUGACUGCGACUCAGAAUGUAACCAAACUAUCUGUAAAGGAUAGACUUGGGUUUGUGCCUAAACCACCAACUCCAACUACAGAAAAGGUGUUGUCUACUUCUACCGGCUUGACAAAAACAGUGUAUAAUCCAGCUGCUUUGAAGGCAGCUCAGAAAACUUUGCCUGUUGUUAAUACUGCUCCGAUAGAUUCCAGUGAAGCACAGAAGAAAAAACAGGAGGCAUUAAAACUUCAGCAAGAUGUGAGGAAGAAAAAACAAGAGAUCCUGGAAAAACAUAUUGAAACACAAAAGAUGCUGAUUUCAAAACUGGAGAAAAAUAAAAAUAUGAAGUUAGAAGACAAAGCUGAAAUCAUGAAAACUCUGGAGACAUUAACCAACAGUAUCACCAAGUUAAAGGAUGAAUUAAAAGGAGUUUCCUCAACAAGCACGCCGGUAAAAAACUUGAAAACAAGGACACAGAUGCAGAAAGAACUACUGGAUACAGAGUUGGACCUAUAUAAGAAAAUGCAGGCUGGAGAAGAAGUUACUGAAUUAAGGAGAAAGUAUACAGAAUUGCAACUUGAAGCAGCUAAGCGAGGGAUUCUUUCCACUGGCCGUGGGAGAGGGAUGCACACACGAGGUCGAGGUGUAUCUCGUGGAAGAGGGAGGGGAGUUCGAAGCCGGGGUCGAGGAAGAAGUCUUUCUGUUCACGCAGUGGUGGAUCAUCGUCCUCGGGCCCUUGAAAUCUCAGCUUUUACAGAGAAUGACAGGGAAGAUCUCCUCCCUCAUUUUGCGCAAUAUGGUGAAAUUGAAGACUACCAGAUAGACGAUUCUUCUCUCCAUGCAGUGAUUACUUUCAAGACACGAGCAGAAGCAGAAGCAGCCGCUAUCCACGGAUCUCGAUUUAAAGGGCAAGACCUGAAGUUAGCAUGGAACAAGCCAGUAACAAAUAUGUCAGCCGUGGAAACAGAAGAGACUGAGCCAGAUGAAGAAGAAUUUCAGGAAGAAUCCUUGGUAGAUGACUCUUUGCUUCAAGACGAUGAUGAAGAUGAUGAUGACAAUGAAUCUCGUUCGUGGAGAAGAUGAUUCAACUGAUCAGAGACAGCGCUAGAGAUUUAGCCUCAUUGCAUUAACAUUUCCUAAUGAACUUUUGAAUAUUUGUACUACAAGACAAUUGGAUGAAAAGAGAUGGAUUUCAAAUAAGAAACAAGCAGCUGAUUGAUCCUGUAUUUUGAUUGAUUGAUUGAUGUUCAGGUUGCAUUUACAUUUCAGUAAAUGAUUGCUACAGACAUCAUAUUAGGAACAUAUGCAAUGUUUUUAUUCUAUGGAAACAUUACAGAAUUAUUUGGAUUCUUUGUAAUUUAAAAUAAUUGGUCAUACAUCAAAAUGACCAGGUGUUGUUAUAACAUAUAGAAUAUUCUUUGUUUGUUUGUUUCAUUCCAAGUAUGGAAUGAACAUUUGCAUUUAAGAUCUUUGUGAAUGUUUUCAGAAAUGAUAGAUAACAGUACUAAACUGAAGUUAUGUAUUCAUAAUAUUGCAUAGUAGUAUGCUUAGGCUUUACUAUGUACUAGCCUUUUGUUGGAUUUGUGAACGUAUUUUACGUAUGAGUUUUAACGAUAACAGUGUAUGACUGCUUUGCAUAUAUCUCUUUAUCACCUUAAGAUGUUAAAAAAAAAUAAAGAAAUGGAAUGGUCUUGGGAAAAAAAGAAAAAAGCAAUAAUGAAAUUAUACCCAUGGCCCAUGAUAAUGGAGAAAAAAAUUUAAAAAGAUUAAAAAAAAAACGAGACCAUUCCAAGUGGCAAUCCCAACCCCCCAAUUGUCAAGAAAAGAGCUGAAUCACUGUCAUUUUUUUCACUUUAUAAUGAAUAAAACAAUAUCGAAAACAAGGCAUUGAAGCCAUAUGCUCAGUUUACACACACACACACACACACACACACACAUAUACAGUGCGCUAAAAUCUUUGGAAACACACUUUAAACUGCUAAACUGGCAACCUAACGUCAGAUGGAGUUCCUGCAUUGAAGCAAAUCUUCUAACGCCCAGGGAAUCGAGAACUUUCUCGUGUGAAGACUUGAGCUUAAAGAUACAUAACAAAAUGAGUUACAAAACUGGUAUGUAUUUUAUUGGUUAUUAAUCACUGAAAACAGUUCAAAGAAUCCAAAUAGAGUUUUCUAUCAAAACGGUGUAUAGUUUAGACCAAGUAGCGAAAUGUGUCCUAAUUCUGUUAAAUGUUGUAUUUGUUUAAGCAGGAAGUUGCUUUCCUUCGCUCUUUACUAAGCCUUUUUGAUUUGUACUUUAUAUUAUAAUGAGCCUGAUAAGUAACUUGAGAUUUUUUUGUUAUUUGGUCUUUUUUUAAAACUUGCCACUUCCUGUCCCUUUUUUAACCUUUUUCUCAGAAGGUGCCAAAUUAUAUAGAGUAAAAUACAGGAGUAGGAGGGAUUAUAGCAUUUAAUAUUGAAUUGGACCCUAAAACAGAUUAUAGAAAUUUGUUGAAGAACCCUGUUUUUCUGUUGCAAUUUCCUCUUCCUGUAGUCCAGGAACAUUUCCUGGUUUACAAUAGCACUUUUUCUAAAGAUCACAAGUAACUCAAUUGGAAGGAAUAAAACAUACUUCCAUUAAUUUCCUUAAAUUAUUUUACCUAGAUUCCAAGCCAUCAAAUGUUGUCCUAGAAUAGUAUUUUGUAUAUCCAGAGAUCAGAAUUUCAAAGUGCUGUAAUAUAGUGGCCUUGCUGAAGCUAAACAAGUACAGGUCUGAACAUCAAUUUAAGAUUUAAGAAUAUUGCCUCUGCCUCUGCUUUAAAAAAAAGUUGGCUCAUAAUUAAUAACUAAUUACAAAAACAUGUAUUUCAUAGAAUACAUUGUUGCAUUACAAGAGAAUGUAUUUCUGUUUUCUUUUAGGCAAAAGGAAAAAAAACGACGCCAUGUAAUCUUCAGUAUUUCAAGAUUUACAGCGCAGACUGAAGUACAGUACAUCAUUCUUAACAGAAGUACUUUCAGCAUAGAAGUACUAGAAAGAUUCAACUGCAAAAAUUUCCCACAAUUUGAAUCUUCCCUAAGCAAUGUUGGGAAAAUCAGUAGUCAAUAUUACCAUGGAUAAUUUAGGCUGCAUUAUCUAAGAAGUGCUGAACCAAGUAUUUGCUUCAACACUGCAAACAAUAUUUUUAAAUUUCUAAACAAGUAGAUGGCCAUCUAAUGCCUUGCUUCUGGAAAGAAACCUGAAUCAAGGUAGGCUUCAUUUUUAAUCAGGUACGUAUAAUUGUAUAUAUUUUGUGGGGAAAAUGGAUUACUUUGAAAGAGCAGUGGUGCUAAGCAGUAUUUCUUGACAAUUUAUUGUGAUGAUUUACGUCUAGGGCAAAUGACACAUGUUCAGCAUUGCCUUGAAAAGAGCUCAAGCAUCAUAGGUGAUUUGUUCAUUUCAUAAUUUCUUUUUGUGGAUCGUUGGUUUAGAUCCCAAUAGAAGUUUCUCAUCCCUUUUCCUUCCUUCAUUAUCCUUCUAGAGGACUAUUCUCAAAAUCAUGCAGGAAAUUGCAAAUUGCUGAUGCCUCAAAAUCAGAUUUAAAUCCCAAAGUAGGUUAAAGGUGUUUGCUGAAAGACAUUUCAUGAUUUUUCAAGAUCCUUGACGACGGGAUAGAAAAUUUUAUUUUUUAUGAUUUUCUUUCAGUUCGGUCUCUUAGGAACUACUAAACCAAAGAGCAUGAGUAGUGGAUGAAUCCCCAUUUCAUAACUCAAAGCUUUCUUUCUUUUCAUUGUUUAGCCUUCUGUGAUCAAUCAGAUUGUAGCAGUUCUAGAUCCAAACAAUGAAAAAUGUGUAGCAUGAUCUCUGCGAAAAUAAGUUGGCAUCUGACUAUUUCACAUAACCGUCUUAUAGGAGACUGCAUUCGUUAAAAAAAAAA